AUGUCGGUCUACAAAUUUAUGGCUGGUCUGGUGGAGACCGUUGGAGGAACGGAAUCAGAUUAUGAUCCUCACAAACACAGAAAAAUCAAAAACCCUACGUCGUACCUGGAUACCAUGACUCACAUGCUGAAGGGCAGUAUUGGCGCUGGCAUUCUGGCUAUGCCAAAGGCCUGUAGGAGCAUGGGUGUCAUCGGCAGCAUCAUCACACUUAUUUUAGUUGGAUUUUUUGCUACCUACUGCAUACAACUUUUAAUAGAUGCACAAUAUCGCCUAUGUAAACGGCAUCAGCGUGGCUACAUAGGAUUCCCAAAAUCUAUGCUGAUGGCGUUGCGUGAAGGGCCGCCUUCACUGCAUUGGGCGGCGAAGCCACUCUACUACUUUGUGGAUAUAACACUAGUAAUAUGGCAGUUAGGAAUAUGUACUAUAUACUUCGUGUUCAUUGCAGAAAAUAUCGAACAGAUUUGUGCCGUAUAUGGGACUAAGUUACCCGUAAGAUUGCAUAUUUGCUACUUAUUGCCUCCAAUGAUUAUUGUUAAUCUAGUGAAAGAUUUGAAAAUGUUAUCACCGCUGUCUUCCACAUCAAAUUUAUUAUUAUUUAUAGCGCUCUUGCUUGUGUUUUUUUACUUGAUCGAAAAUGAUCUGGAAAUAGGAGGAGAUAAGUUACAUGUCAAAAGUUGGCUGCAAUUGCCCAAUUUUAUCGGCACUUCGCUGUUCGCUCUGGAAGCAGUUGGAGUGGUGUUGGCGUUGGAAUACAAUAUGAAGAAUCCUAAAGAAUUUGUUGGUCUAUUUGGGCUCUUUAAUAUAGGCAUGUGUGUUAUAAUAGCCCUCUAUCUAGUGGUGGGGAUAUUCGGUUACAUAAAAUACGGUGAUGAGAUAGAAGCUUCUAUUACACUUAAUCUACCAAAAACGCAAAAAAAAGCACAAGCAGCCAAGAUAGCCUUCGCUGUAGCCAUAUUUUUAUCAUUUCCUCUCCAAAACUUUGUCGCAUAUAAUAUUUUGUGGCGAAAGCUUCAAAAAAGAUAUGCUGAAGACAGACGAUGCUUUCCAGAUUACUUCCUUCGAAUUGUACUUGUUUUAAUCCCGUGGUUGUUGGCGCUUGCAGUUCCGAAGUUAGGACCAAUAAUUUCUCUGUGUGGGGCCUUUUGUUUAUCCCUGCUGGCUAUGGCUUUCCCUGCCAUCUUGAACAUUUGUAUAACCUACGGUGAGCCUAAUAAGUACGGCCCGUUAAACUACAAGCUUACACGUGAUAUCAUUAUACUUAUCAUUGGAAUUAUGAUAUUAUGUUCCGGCGUCUACACUAGUAUUUUAGAGAUUGUCGAAACCAGGGACUUGCCCGCAACUGAGCCUUUAGCAUACCGGUCAUUGACCCCUAGCCCGAAGAAACGUCUGGAAGAGGACACCCCACGGUCACACCCGGACGUGGCUCGAGCCGUGGCUCCUACCAACACAGAGCAACGUCUCUACUCCUUCGAAGGAACCGGAUCAGGUCAGACGUACUUCUCAUCAAAACCUCCCGUGGAUCCUAUGAGGAUUGUCUUAGUAGGAGAUCCUCCUGAAUAUUGUUCUACCUACGCCCGUGUGUUCGAGAAUCAAUGUAAAAUCGAGAGGACCCUCAGUCUUCACCAGUCGUCAGAGUCUGAGGCGAAGAACACCAGGGUUCUGACUGCGUUCUCAAGUCCCACUCGAAGAGAAGCCAGGUCGGAGUCCCGACGCAAACAGUCCUCUUCUAAAUGCAACAAAGCAGCAGAGAAUGCUCCAAAGCCCCAACAGGUCAAAUAUAGGAUGUUUCAAUCUGUCAAUAGGUCCUAUCAGAGUCGAGCUGAGGGGAACCCUGCAGCGCUUCCCGAGGAGUGGGUUGGCGGCGUGAGGGCGCUUCGCGACUCUCACGUGCGUCUGGUGCUGCGGCAGCUGAAGCACAUCGACCGUCUGAACCGCGCCCUCGACCACGCCGUCACCCGCACCGGGCCGUUAUCCAAACGCGGCAACAAAAAAUCUUAA